ACAACAUGCAAUUUCGAAUGUUAUUAAACUCUUGGUUUUCUUCAACUUCGAGGAGUCUAAAAUCUUUACACUUUAAUUUUCACGUAUCUGACAAUGAUCGAAGGCUUGGUGGAAAUAACGAUGGAUAUAGGCGAGAUGUAGAUUUAGAAGAUGAAGAUAAUAGAUUACUAAAUAGACAUACACGUACUUUCGGUACACUAGAAGACGAAAGGGAUUAUCGUAGUUUGAUGAGUCUUGGAAAGUCAACUGUUAGGCAAACGGUUGUUAACGCGGUGAAUAUAUUGAUGGGAAUUGCGAUAUUGGCGUUGCCUCUUGCGUUUAAAUAUUCCGGAUGGGUUAUUGGACUUUCGAUAUUUUCAUUUUGUCUUAUAUCAACGAAUUAUACCGCAAAAAUUCUCAAAAAAUGUUUAGAUACUGAUCCUGAAUGUCUUACAUACGCUGAUCUCGCUUAUUUGGCUUACGGUCAAAAAGGAAAAAUUUUCGUUGGUUUUUUAUUUCUAAUGGAUCUUUAUAACGCUGCUGUCGCUUUGAUGAUUUUGGUUGGCGAUUCUCUCAAGAUCCUUUUCCCUCAAGUAGAUCUCACUCGUUUGAAACUUAUCGUAUUUCUUAUCAUUACUCCAAUAACUUGGCUACCAAUUCAUUAUCUUUUUUAUACCUCAAUCCUUGGAAUUUUUACUGCGUCUUCAUUAGCUUUGGUUUUAUUGAUUGAUGGUCUGACUAAAUAUGUUGCUCCUGGAAGUUUAUGGCAACCUAUGGAUACUUAUCUUUUCCCUCAAAAUUGGUUGAUCAUGCCUUUAUCUUUUGGUCUUAUCAAUUCUGCCUUUUCUGGUCACGCUGUUUUUCCUUCGUUAUAUCGUGAUAUGGAAAAACCUUGUGAUUAUAAAAAAUCUGUAAAUUCUAGUUAUUUGGUUGCUGGUGUUGUUUAUUUUACUGUCGCUAUUUGUGGUUAUUUAAUGUUUGGGUCUGAGACGAUGCAAGAAAUUACUCAAAACAUAAUGUCAACUUGUGGAUACAGCCUCUUUUUAAAUUCCAUUGUAGUAUGGUCGAUUGUUAUUAAUCCUCUCUCAAAAUAUCCUCUCACAUUGGCUCCAAUUAAUUUAAUUAGUUUCGUUAUUGUUGGAACCGCAAUUGUCUUUCCUGGCUUGGAUCGUGCAAUG